AUGUGUAUUUGCAGGUGUCGUGUGGGGGAGAACUGGUGGUACCGCGGCGAGCGCUGCGAGGAGUUUGUCUCGGAGACGCUGGUGGUCGCCAUAGCAGUUGCCUCGGUGAUGGGCUUCCUGGCGGUGACGGGGGCCGUCCUCUUCUUCCUGUCGAGGACGCUGAGAGAGCAGUACGACGCCGAGGACUCAGAGGACCCGCUACGACAGGGCGACAGCGUGCCGACGCUGGAGCGCGCCGGCAGGUUCAACCCGGUGUUUGAGAGCGAGCCGUUGUCGCCCCGGUACUACCGUGGCUAUGACGACGAUAGAACCGGGCCGGUGUCCGCCCGGUCCUACCGUCGCUAUGACGACGGCGACGGCUGCAGAGCGCUCGCCAGCGCCGAAAUACGAAACUUCUACGAAGACAAAGCGCUCUCCAGACAGGAGAUGGAGGAGCGUGUGAGGAUCCUCCAGCUGUGCUCCACAGAUGAACACUUUGCAGACUUUGUGCGACAGACUCAAGCAUUCCUGGAGAGGAGAGCAGGCGCCGACACAUAAAGUCCUCCAGAAACCUGCCUUCGUCUCUGAUUGGUUUGGCCGCCUCGCUGAGCCCUCGACGUCGCUAGUUUACGGUCGUCUCCAUGACGACUCGGCUCAUUUUAAAGCCACCAAUCAGCUGCUUAACAAACCCGAUUGUUUACAUUUCUCAACCAAUUCUGAAUGAUUAACUCGGUUCAUCGCCAUGGAAACACAAACAGAAGAUUCUACCACCCUGUUGUUUUUGUUGUUGUUUUUGUUGCUGUUUUUGUUGUUGUUGUUUUUGCUCCACAGUUAAAGAAACAUUCAGACUUUUUUUGGCCGGGUUUAAAACUAAAGUGUGUGUGUUUGUGUGUGUGCGCGCGUACGUGUGUGUAUCUCUCUGUGUGUGUGUGUGUGUGU